UACUGUUAUUGCUGUGUUAGGUGCUGUUAUACAUUUUCUCACAUGAAACUUUUUUUCUCUCACUGUACACUGCAUUGUGAAUUGUGUUUAACCACUCUAUUGUGAUUUACCUUUUUUUACUCUGCAAAAGAAGAAGUGUGUAAACACUAUCACAAAACUAUCACCGGUGAAUUAAAUUUAUGCUAAAUUAAAAGAUUUGCAACUAAAACUCAUACAAGUUACACAAAUUUCCAUAAUUUACUACAAUAUGGAGACGGAGCUUCCCUCGACGAGCGCUAGCGCUCUGGCGGCUUGCAGCGCUGAAGUCCCAGACUUCACAGAACUUACGCCGGAGUUGCUGCAGCGUAAAUUAUACUUUCUGGUGGAUCAGCUAAAACAAAUGCAUGCACAGCUGCCGGAAAAUUACCAAAUACGUAUAUCAUAUGAACUGCUUACUGAGUUGGCCAACUCAUUGCUCAAUGAUACAAUCUUUGAAAUUGUCAAAGGACUGAUGGAAAUACAAAAUGUGACAGAGAAGCAUUUGCUAACGCUACGCAAACAAGUUGAGACAGAUUUUGAGCUGGAAAUGCAAGAGUGGCGUAGCAAAAUUACCGAUCCGGAAGAAUUAAGUCACAUAGAACAGCUUAUGCAAGUGAAACAUAGCAAAAAAAUGCGUGAGACCGAUAUGAAAUUGGUUGCAUUACUAGAUCAAAAGGUGCGUGAUCAGCAGAGCACUUUGCAUAAAGCUGGCGUGGCUGGCUUUUAUGUAACCGAUAAUGCAAAAGAAAUCAAAAUACAAAUGUUUCUACUGGAUUUCAUUAUUCGCUUGAGCAGGAUCAAAUUUGAGCCAAAUAAAUAACAGGAGGAGUAAACGUGGUUUUCACGUUACUUCAGCAAAUUAGUGAAUUAAUAUUUAUUUUAUUUUGUAAAGUGCUAACAGCUGCCUUUCGUUAAUUUCUGUUCAUUGUAUAAUAUAAAAAUUUUGGAAAUUUAUAAAAAAAAACAGUUGAUUUGACUAAAAUUUAUGAGGUCAUUUUAUUUGUCGGACCACUCAUUCCUCCAACCACAAAAAUUAAUUUGAGCAAA